AGUUCCAAAGAAGUUCUAUGUUUUCCAAAAAUUAUAUAAAAAGCGAUAGUUAAGAAUUUUUUGUGACAGUACUUUUCAUUUAACGGUUAAGAUAUGAAUCAAUUAAAACUAAUAUUAAUUGGUCUGCUGGGAUUGUGGAUCAGUUGUGGUGUAACUAAUGGCAAAAUGAUCAAUUGUUAUUAUGGCACCUGGGCGAACUAUCGUCCAGAUGAUGGCAAAUUUGAACCUUCUAAUAUUGAUCCGUCGUUAUGUACCCAUUUAAGUUAUUCCUUCUUUGGCAUAACACUAGCUGGAGAAUUCAAAGUUUUGGAUGAAUGGUUGGAUUUAGAUAGUGGUUUGGGAUUUAUUUCCAAAACAAUGGAUUUAAAACGUCUUAAUCCAAAUUUAAAGAUUUUAGCUGUUGUUGGUGGCUGGAAUGAGGGUUCAGAAAACUAUUCAAAAAUGGCGGCCGAUGCCAAUAAAAGACGUUUAUUUAUUGAAUCAGCUUUGAAUUUCAUUAAACAGCAUGGUUUCGAUGGUUUGGAUUUAGAUUGGGAAUAUCCAGCACAACGUGGUGGCAGCAUAGAGGAUAAAGUUAAUUUUGUAACACUACUUAGGGAAUUGAAAGAAGCUUUGAAACCAUUGAACUUGGAAUUGGGCAUAGCUGUGGGUGCUUCUACCCAAACGGCCACUAUAUCCUAUGAUAUAACCAAUAUUGCUGAACAAGUUGAUUUUAUCAAUGUUAUGACAUAUGAUUUUGCUACGGCUGGUGAUGGUGUGGCGGGUUUUAACUCACCUCUUAUGGGACAGCAAGAUAGAAAUGUUCAGUCUGCUAUUAAUUAUUGGCUGGAACAAGGAGCUCCCGCCUCAAAAUUGGUCUUAGGUUUAGCUUUCUAUGGUCGUUCCUUCGAGUUAUCCGAUCCUCAACAAAAAAGUGUAGGAUCUCCCACUAAAGGUCCUGGCACUGCCGGCCCCUAUACCAGACAAGCAGGUUAUAUGGGUUACAAUGAAAUUUGUUCUUUGGAAAAGGAAUGGUCUUACGAGUGGGCCACUGAUUAUGGCGUUCCUUUCAUAUACAACUCAAAUCAAUGGAUUGGUUAUGAUAAUGUUCAAAGUCUUGAAUUAAAAGUGAAAUUUGCCAAUUCUUUAGAUUUGGCUGGUGUCAUGAUUUGGUCCAUUGAAACUGAUGAUUUUCGAGGUAACUGUGGAGUUAAAUAUCCCCUAUUAAAGGCUGUUAAUGAUAAGAUGGGAAAUUCACAAACUGAAAGUGAUGUUGGUGAAACUGGUGGUGCUGGUAAUAGUAGUAGUAAUGAGGACGUUGAAAUACCAUCUUCAUCUGAGCAGAAUUCAUCCAACCAAUCAGAGGAGUCUGGGGAUUGUUCGACUGACGGUUUCUUUGUUUAUGCCAAUGAUUGUACACGUUAUUAUCAAUGUGUUAAUGGUGUACGUCACGAUUUCCAGUGUAAUAGUGGUUUGUAUUUUGAUACUGCAACCAACACCUGCAAUUGGCCAAAUCUUGUUGAGUGCCAUCAUUAACAACCCAAGUAUAAUAUGCAAUAUUUGUUAAUGUUACAAAUAAAAUAAGGAACACUUUACAACUGCAA